AUGAGCGGCCCCGGUGUUGGAUUCGAGUACCCUCGCCAGGAGGUUGCCUGGCUGAAGCGCGAUGUGCUGCUCUUCGCGAACACCGUCGGUGCCACUGACGACGAGCUUCACUUUCUCUACGAGCUUCAUCCUAAUUUCGCCGUCUUUCCCACAUACCCUCUCAUCCUCACGUUCAAGGGUGACACCCAAGAGGUAGUCGACUUCUACGCCGCGCAAAAGGCCGUCCAGAUCCCCAACGUUCCCUCGUUCGAUGCCCGGCGCGUCGUCGACGGCCAGCGCAAGAUCAUUCUCCAUAAGCCUGUCCCCACCACCUCGGCCGGCAAGAAGUUCGAAGUCCGAACCAAGGUCCUCGGCGUUUACGACAAGGGCCGCCCCGGCUCCGUUGUCGAGACCCAGACCGACUUGGUCGAGCUCCCCAGCAACGAGGUCUACGCCAGCAUCAUCACCAGCAGCUUCUACGUCGCUCAGGGCAACUGGGGCGGUCCCAAAGGCCCCGCGACCGAGAACUUCCCUCCUCCGAAGGGCAAGAAGCCCGACGCCACUUUUGAACAGCAGACGACCAAGGAGUCGGCGCUUCUGUAUCGCCUCAAUGGAGAUUACAACCCGCUACAUGCGACUCCUGAGCCGGGCAAGAAGAUGGGCUUCCCCGGAGCCAUCAUGCACGGCUUGUACUCGUGGAACUCAACAGCCCACGGCCUGCUGAAGGCCUUUGGAGGCAGCGACCCUGCCAACAUCAAGGAAUACCAGGCGCGUUUCGCUAGCCCUGCCAUGCCUGGCGACAAGCUGAUUACGGAUGCUUGGAGGACGGGUGAUGUCAAGGACGGCUGGGAAGAGAUCCGUUUUCAGACCAAGGUUGAGGGCGGCAAGGUUGUUCUUAGCAACGGCCGGGCCCUGAUUAAGGUUGUGGAGUCGCCCAAGUCGAAGUUGUAA